GACAUUAGACACCUCGGAUCUAAAGGUUGAGAUUCAGUCUUCUUCCGCCAUUCGCGAACCAUCUUCAAACCUCUUAUUAUAUACUUAUUUUUCCCCUCUUUCCCGACACAACAGAAACCAAGAUCUCUGUUUCCCACACAUUAUCGUGACAAAAGAUGUCGUCAGGAUCCGACAAAGAGAGAGAGACAUUCGUCUACACGGCUAAGCUCUCCGAACAGGCCGAGCGAUACGACGAGAUGGUUGAGACGAUGAAGAAAGUGGCGAAAGUGGACAGCGAGCUGACGGUAGAGGAGAGGAAUCUGUUGUCUGUUGGUUACAAGAACGUGAUCGGAGCAAGGCGAGCCUCGUGGAGGAUCAUGUCGUCGAUCGAGCAGAAGGAAGAGUCUAAAGGCAACGAGACAAACGUGAAACACAUCAAGGGUUAUCGCCAAAAGGUAGAAGACGAGCUCGCUGAUAUCUGUAAAGACAUUCUUUCCAUCAUCGAUCAACAUCUCAUCCCUCACGCUACCUCUGGUGAAGCCACUGUUUUCUAUUACAAGAUGAAAGGAGAUUAUUACCGUUACUUGGCUGAGUUUAAGACCGAGCAAGAGAGGAAGGAAGCCUCUGAACAGUCGCUCAAAGGCUAUGAGGCUGCAACACAAGCUGCAAGCACUGACCUUCCUUCCACCCACCCGAUUCGUCUUGGUCUUGCUCUUAACUUCUCUGUUUUCUACUAUGAGAUCAUGAACUCUCCUGAAAGAGCUUGCCAUUUGGCCAAGCAAGCCUUUGAUGAGGCGAUUGCGGAGUUGGAUACGCUAAGUGAGGAGUCUUACAAGGACAGCACUUUGAUCAUGCAGCUCCUUAGAGACAAUCUCACCCUCUGGACUUCUGAUCUUCCUGAAGAUGGAGGAGAGGACAACGUCAAGUCUGAUCAAGAACAUUGCAAGAUCAUAGAAGCCACUGAUAAAUGAUCAGAGGCUUUGGAAGUUGAAUUGAGUUUAGAUUAAACUCCACAUCUUGGUUUCGUCAGGGAGAUGAGACAAAUGAAUUCAAAUUUUAUAAUGUUCUUUUUUCUUAAUUACUUUUUUUUUUUUCUUCUUUCUUUUGUUGUCAAUCUCAUUAUAUCAAAUGUCUUUGAUGUUAUUGUGACUUGAUCUGAUAUGUUUUGACUAUUUAUAAUAUACAGCACAAUCAACUGUAU